UGCCGUAUAACCUAAAUGUACCCUGAUUUUUUAAUAUUGCCUUGAGUAGAAGUAUUUAAACCUGAAGUGUUGUGUUUGUUGAAGCAUGGAAAGUAUUUUUAAGAGAAUUAAACGUCACAAUGGAAGUGAAUGGGAUUUUUAAUAGUGGUUUGAAACCUAAUGGGAAAACGUGCAAGUACAAGCGGCCAGUGCACACCAAGUACUACACCUAGCUCUUGCCUCUAACGGUGUACGAGUUUGGCUUAGACGGGAAGACAGGCAUGAGCAAUGUAUCCAGCCUUAUGUGAUAAAAGAUUCAUAUAAUUUCCCCAAAGUUAUCUGUGGUAUACUAUGACUCCGAGUACUAGGAAGUAAAUGUCUUUACAAGUGCAAGGAUUAUGUGGUGCACCCUCUCUGUCUGCAUCUACCCUGGAACAGUUUCCUCAUGAGAACAUCUUGAAAGAAAGAAACACAGAGUCAAAGGCUGACCAAAACCAGUUAGUGAGGAGUAUAGAUGUCCUCACAGAGGCUAUAUCCUAUGAUGAGUUCUUUAAAAAGUACUUGAUUGCUAAUAAGCCAUGUUUACUGGCUCCAGAGUUAGCUGUCAACUCAUGGAAGGCAAGGAAGGAGUGGGUCACAGAAGACGGAAAACCAAACUUUGAGAACUUAAAGUUGUUCUUUGCAAAAGACAAAGUGAGUGUCCCAGUAGCAGACUGCAAGACGGAGGAAUAUGGGUCUCACUGCAAGCAAAAUAUGGACCUCAAGGAUUACCUGACUUACUGGGAGAAAUACAUUGAUAGUGGUUAUCCUGUUGACAUGCAGAGUCUGUACUUAAAGGACUGGCAUUUCACAAGAGAUUUUCAAGACUACAAUGCGUACAUAACUCCUGAGUAUUUCCAGUCUGACUGGAUGAAUGAAUACUGGGACACAAGGCCAGACCUCAAGGAUGAUUACAGAUUUGUUUACAUGGGAGCUAAAGGAACAUGGACACCUUUCCAUGCUGAUGUGUUUAGAUCAUACAGUUGGUCAGCAAAUGUCUGUGGCAGAAAGAAAUGGUUACUUUACCCACCAGGUGAAGAAGAAUGUUUUACCAACAGAUUUGGGAAGUUAGUGUUUGAUGUCUGUUCACCAGAACUUGAUGACGUGACAAGUUUUCCAAAAUAUCGCAAUUUACAAAGACAAUAUACAAUAAUACAGGAAGCUGGACAGGUUAUCUUUGUUCCCAGUGGGUGGCAUCAUCAAGUUUGGAACCUGGAAGAUACCAUUUCUAUCAAUCAUAACUGGCUGAAUGCCUGCAAUGUUGACAUAUGCUGGGGCUUCAUAAAACAAAGCUUGGCAGAGGUGAAGAAAGAAAUCAGUGACUGUAAAGACAUGGAGGGGUGGGAACAACAAUGCCAGCUCAUCCUGCAUGCAAGCAGUGGAAUUGAUUAUCCAGGAUUUUUCAAUUUUAUGAACACAAUUGCUCGACACAGGAUAGAAAAAUGCCAGCAACAAAAUGAUAUUCAGAAAGAAAUCUCAGUGCAAUCAAGCAAAGUAUUUCACUACUAUUUUGACCUACAAAGAGUCAAAGAAAUUCUUCAAGACAUGAAACAAGAUGCAGAUUUUAAAGCUUUAGGGCCUGAACAUCUCAGUUAUGAUCUGGAGGAGUUAAUAGCAGAGAUUACUGACACAUUAAGUACCAAACACACUGAAUAAACUACACAGUCCCUGUC